AUGGCUUCUGUCUCCAAGCUCAGCUGCAUCAUCUACCUGGACCUCAUGCUGCACAAUGAUGAUGAGGUGACCGUCACAGAGAAUAAGACCAAGGCGCUCAGGAAAGCAGCUGGUGUAAACGUGGAACAUUUUUGGCCUGGCUUGUUGGCAAAGGCCCAGGCCAAUGUCAACAUCGGGAGCCUCAUCUGCAAUGCAGGGGCUGGAGGAUCUGCGCUAGGAGGUGGUACUGCAGUUGUAGGAAGUCCUGCCCCCUCCACCACUGCUGAGAACUAAAGAAAAGAGCAUCUGAGGAGUCUGAUGAGGACAUGGGCUUUGGUCUUUUUGAUGAAAUCUCUUUUGUAAUAUGAACCUAAAAGUAUCUAAGACAGCUCUCAAUCAA